AUGAAAAGCUUGUUUGAGAGUCAACCCUCCCCUGAUAUUUCUACUUCCGAUGCUUCGAAGAGUAGUCAAUCUAAAUAUGAUCAGGAGUUGGGCUCUAAUGCAGAUGUUUUCAUGAAGAACUCGGCUUUUUGCUGCUCUCCACAUGGAAUGGAUGCAGAUUUUGCGCGCAGAGUUUUAGCAGAGGCUGUGGGGACUUUCAUUUUGAUGUUCUGCAUAUGUGGGAUCAUAGCAAACACGCAGCUGAUGGAAGGCGCAGCAAUGCUCUUGGAAUCUGCAGCAACAGCAGGAUUGGCAGUUAUCGUUGUAAUUUUCUCUAUAGGGACCAUAAGUGGAGCUCAUGUUAACCCUGCUUUCACAAUUGCUUUUGCAGCCUUUGGUCAAUUUCCUUGGAGCAUGGUACCAUUUUACAUAUUGGCGCAAGUAGGGGGUUCAGGAUUGGCAACAUUUAUUGGAGGUUUAGUUUAUGACAUAGAAUCGAAUCUCAUGAUCACCAGACCAUUGCGAGGACACACUGCUGCCUUCUGGUUGGAGUUCAUCGCGACCUUCAUCAUCAUGUUCUUAGUUGCAUCAUUGACAAAUGAAGCUCAACGCGUAGACCAUUUGUCUGGAUUUGUUGUUGGGAUAGCCAUUGGACUUGCAGUGCUGAUUACUGCGCCUGUUUCAGGAGGAUCAAUGAAUCCAGCGAGGUCACUAGGGCCUGCAAUUGUAUCAUGGAAGUUUGAUGAUAUAUGGAUAUAUCUGAUUGCCCCAACAAUUGGAGCUGUGGCAGGUGCACUUUUGCUUCUUCUCUUACGUGUUCAGCGCCGCCCUUGCAGUUCAACUUCCUCUCCUAACACCAGUUUUCUUAUUCACUCCAUACGUUAG